AGUAAACUGAACAGAAAUAAAAUAUAAACUCAAACUAUGAAGUUACACAAUAUUUAGCUCUAAACAAAGAUUCUCACAGUGUUUUUCUUCUGCCCAGUCCCAGAGAGAAGAUUAUCAUGGCCAAUGUCAGCAUGUCCAUCACUGAAUUCGUCCUCAUGGGAUUUUCAGAUAGCCGGGAGGGGCAAGUCCUCCAUGUCGUUCUGUUCUUAUUCAUCUACCUGGCAGCUCUGGUUGGCAAUCUUCUCAUUGUUCUUCUUACCACUUCGGAUCAGCACCUCCACAGUCCUAUGCACUUUUUUCUGAGGACACUGUCACUGUUAGAUGUCUGCUUCAUCUCUGUCACAGUUCCCAAGGCCAUCAUUCAGUCUUUGACCCAAAAUAGUUCCAUAUCUUUCCUUGGGUGUGUGGCACAAGUUUUUCUGGUUGUUUUGUUUGCAUGUGCAGAGUUGGCAUUGCUCACAGUGAUGUCUUAUGACCGAUAUGUGGCUAUUUGCCGCCCCCUACAUUAUCAGGUUGUCAUGAAGAAAGCAGCCUAUGAGCAGAUGUUGGCUGCUUCAUGGCUCAGCGGGAUUGCCUCUGGGUUCUUGAAUACAUCUGUGACCUUCUCACUACCGUUUUGUAGGUCAAAUUUUGUCCAUCAGUUCUUCUGUGAGAUUCCUUCAUUGCUCAAACUUUCCUGCUCAGAGAAGUUCGUUGCUGAGAUUGGAGCCAUCAUUGUCACAACAUCCUUGGGGAUCGUGUGUUUUAUUUCAAUCCUGGUUUCUUAUAUCCACAUCUUCUCCACAGCUAUGAGCAUCCCAUCCGUGAAAGGCAGGUCAAAAGCCUUCUCAACAUGCAUUCCUCAUCUUGUGGUUGUUACUAUUUUCCUCAAUACAGGGUCCAUUGCCUACCUAAAGCCAGUGUCAGAGUCUCCUUCUGUUUCAGACCUGAUGGUGUCUGUCUUCUACACUGUGGUACCACCAACUCUGAAUCCCAUCAUUUACAGCCUGAAGAACCAGGACAUAAAAGCUGCUUUCUGGAAAAUGCUGAGAAAGACCAUAUUUAAAUACAAUGAUGGCAAUAAAAAUAGCAACAAUAACAAAGGCAUAGAUACUUCAUUCAGUUCAGACAAAUGUGAAGUCAAACUAGUUAAUUGUAACAGGCUUCCUUCUAUUUAA